AUGAGUAUGAGUAAUCCGGCGCCGCCAUGGACCAGCGGAGCACAGCCUGUUCAACCGCCAGUGUAUUUUUCUGAGAUGUUCAGGAGGCAUAUCUUCCUUCUGGACUGUGGUGAGCUGACAUCAAAGAAAUAUUGCCAUGACAAGCUUGUAUUAGGAGCUCUCCAACAUUUACCACAUGCUGUGUUCAAACUUCUUGAAAAUAUGCCAAUGCCUUGGGAGAAGGUCCGUCACGUGAAGGUCCUGUACCAUAUUACAGGGCCAAUUACAUUUGUUAAUGAGAUCCCAUGGGUUGUUGAACCUAUCUAUUUGGCUCAGUGGAGUACAAUGUGGACUUUAAUGAGAGAAUCGGUGUGGGGUAUGAACCAGAUAAUGCGUAUUCCACCAUUUGAUGAUGAGGAGCCUCCUACUUUGGAUGACGAUUUAGCUAGUUAUGAUUGGAUUUAUAAUCAUAAACCGCUUGUGAGGACAGAGUUCAUUAAUGGACCUAGUUACCGGAAAUGGCAUCUCCCUUUCUCGAUUAUGGCAACACUGUACAAAGCUUCCGAGCCAUUGCUCUCAGAUCUGAUAGGUCGCAAUAAUUUUUACCUGUUUGACAUGGAGUCAUUCUUCACAGCCAAAGCUCUAAACAUGUGCAUCCCUGGGGGUCCUAACUUUGAGCCUUUGUACCGUGACAUGGAGAAAGAAGAUGAGGAUUGGAAUGAAUUUAAUGACAUAAAUAAACUCAUAAUCCGCUCUCCUUUGAGAAAAGAGUACAAGAUUGCAUUCCCCUAUCUUUAUAAUAAUAGGCCGAGAAAAGUAAAGCUUAGUGUCUAUCACACUCCCAUGGAUAGGCGGGAUGAGAAGAUUAAUGAUGAAGAUGAUUUUGUCUUGCCUGAGGGAGUUGAACCGUUGCUAGCAAGCACUCCUUUGUUCUCCGAGACUACUGCCGCCGGAAUUUCGUUAUUGUUUGCUCCACGACCCUUUUACAUGCGAUCUGGUCGGACAAGGCCUGCUGAAGAUAUACCUCUGGUGUCUGAGUGGUAUAAGGAGCACUGUCCUCAAUCACACCCUGACGAAGUUCGCGUAAGUUACCAAAAACUUUUGAAGUGCUUUGUGCUGAAUGAACUGCAUCAUAGGCCCCCUAAGGCUCAGAAGAAGAGGCAUCUCUUAAGGUCUCUCCAAGCCACAAAGUUUUUCCAGGCCACUGAACUUGAUUGGGCUGAAGCAGGCCUACAAGUUUGUAAGCAAGGGUACAAUAUGCUGAACCUGCUGAUCCAUAGGAAAAAUCUGAAUUACCUGCAUCUUGACUACAAUUUCAACUUGAAACCCGUGAAGACACUUACAACUAAGGAACACAAAGAAUCACGAUUGGUUGAUGCGAAUAUCCAGUUCCGGAUGGGUAAGGUUAACGCAUAUCAGUUGGCUAAAGGGUUGUACUACAUCUUUUCACAUGUUGGCCAAUUAACGGUUCCUCUCCUUGAAAGAUGGCUAGGGAAUUUGCUGACUAGGCAAUGUGAAGGACGGCACUCCAGAGGAGUUGCUAAAACUGCAAGCAAGCAUCCUAUCAUUUAUCCUUUGUUUAUCAAGCAUGUUGCAUGUGUUUCUUUCUUCCUUCUGUUGAGUAUGCUCAUUUUUUUUUUUCUUGCAGAAGGUAUGAGGGAAAAUAAAGCAAGAACAAUUUUGCAGCAUCUGAGUGAAGCAUGGCGUUGCUGGAAAGCCAAUAUUCCUUGGAAGGUACCUGGUUUGCCCGAUCCAAUUGAGAACAUGAUACUUCGUUAUGCCAAAUCAAAAGCGGACUGGUGGACUAAUGUUGCUCACUAUAAUCGGGACCAUAUUAGAAGGGGAGCCACAGUAGACAAGACCGUAUGCCGAAAGAAUCAUGGAAGAUUAACCCGUCUUUGGUUGAAGGCUGAACAGGAACGCCAGCACAAUUACUUGAAAGACGGUCCCUAUGUCACACCAGAAGAAGCAGUGGCCAUUUACACGACAACUGUGCAUUGGCUGGAAUCUAGAAAAUUUUCUCCGAUUCCAUUUCCACCACUGUUAAACCAGCUACAAAAAGAAGAAUUGAGUUUGAUUGAGCAGGCCUAUGAUAGUCCACAUGAGGCUUUGACCCGCAUAAAGCGUCAUUUGCUAACACAAUGUGCCUUUGAAGAAGUUGGCAAUGAGUUCAUGGAUUUGUAUAGCUAUCUGAUUCCUGUUAAUGAGAUUGAGCCUCUUGAGCAGAUCAUUGAUGCGUAUUUGGAUCAGUACCUAUGGUAUGAGGGUGAUAAACGCCACCUUUUCCCGAAUUGGAUCAAGCCGGCUGACUCAGAACCACCACCAUUGUUAGUUUACAAAUGGUGCCAGGGAAUGAACAACUUACAAGGGAUAUGGGACACCUGUGAGGGACAAUGUGUUGUCAUGUUGCAAACCAAGUUUGAGAAUUUUUUUGAGAAGAUUGAUUUAACCUUGCUGAACAGGGAUAUGAGUCAUACAAACUCCUAUGGGCUCAUACGUGGUCUGCAGUUUUCUUCAUUCAUUGUGCAGUACUAUGGGCUUGUUUUCGAUCUUUUGCUUCUUGGUCUGACUCGAGCCAGCGAAAUAGCUGGACCACCACAAAUGCCGAAUGAGUUUAUUACUUAUCAUGACACCAGAGUAGAAACACGGCAUCCAAUUCGAUUGUACUCAAGAUACAUUGAUAAGGUGCAGGAGGCUAGGGAUCUUAUCCAACGGUAUCUUACAAAACACCCUGAUCCCAACAAUGAAAAUUUGGUUGGUUAUAACAAUAAGAAAUGCUGGCCAAUAGCUGAUAGAAUGCGGCUCAUGAAGCAUGAUGAAGUGUUUUGGGACAUGAAAAACCGCCUUCCUCGGAGUAUUACCACCCUUGAAUGGGAGAACAGCUUCGUGUCUGCAUACAGCAAAGAUAACCCGAACUUGUUGUUUAGCAUGUGUGGUUUUGAAGUACGUAUAUUGCCCAUGAUAAGAAUGACCCUGGAGGCUUUUACCAACACAAGUGCUGGAGUUUGGAAUCUGCAGAAUGAACAGACUAAAGAAUGCACUGCUGUUGCUUUCUUAAGGGUAAAUGAUGAACACAUUAAGGUAUUUGAGAAUCGAGUGAGCCAAAUUCUCAUGUCCUCAGAUUCGACAACAUUCACGAAGAUCGUCACCAAGUGGAACACGGCGCUUAUAGAACUCAUGACUUAUUUCCGUGAAGCAAAUGUUCACACGCAAGAGUUGCUGGAUCUGCUGGUAGAAUUCAUCUUCUACACACCGAAAGAAAUUGGAGGACUUGGAAUGUUGUCUAUGGGCCACAUAUCAAUUCCCCAGAGUGACCUUCGGUAUAGUAAGCAGACCGAUGUUGGGAAAACACAUUUUAGGAGUGGAAUGAGUCACGAGGAAGAUCAAUUGAUUCCUAAUCUGUAUCGGUACAUUCAGCCAUGGGAGAACGAGUUCAUUGAUUCUCAGUGUGUUUGGGCUGAGUAUGCAUUGAAGAGGCAGGAAGCACAGGCCCAGAAUCGGCGAUUAACCCUGUCAUAG